AUGUGCCAGCAAGAAAAAUUUGAUGGAAGAAUGAUAAGUUUUGAGAAUAGAGAAAACAAAUGUAACUUGCCGAGAAGGUUGGAAACUCCUGCAUCCCCAUCAGCUAUGCCAAUCUCAACUUUGUCUAGCCCAGAAUCAACUGGAUCAAAUCUCGUUUGGUCUGAUGCGAACUCUAAUGAAGUUUUAAAUGAGUCUGAGCCAUUUUUAAUAACCACAAUUAAUGUGAGCUCUUCAUCAUCCAGGUUCAUCACACCUCCUCUUAAAAGAAGCCCCACAGAAUUGAUUCCAAACAAAUCGGCUGUGGAUUCUAUGGAAGUCGAUGAUCAAUCUGACUCCAGUUCACGGACGCAACGGCCGCUUUUCCAAGCACAGGACCACGAAGGGAUACUGCUUGAUAAUCAGGCUCAAUCUUCCACGAUUGCUAGUAGUUCAGCUUGGGUACAUCAGACAGCAAACAUGGACAGGAGACGUGCAACACCAAAUCGGCAACAUACAAAUGCAUUCUCUGAACCAAGGAUUUCAAACUCCCAUCCUUCAUUGACACCCAUUAAUAGAUCUCCACCUGCUGAUAUUGCUGUCACCCCGGUCCGACAAACGAGUCACAUCAACCCAAGUUCCAAACCAAAGUUAUGGGUGCGACCUUCUAAAAGCUCACAAAAUAAGCUCACAGAAACUUUAAGGAAACAAAGGGACACAAUGACCCCAGAGAACAAGGAUGAUGAUCAAAAUUCAUCUAAAGCUAUUCAGCAGCAUUUUCAAUACCUUGCGGGAGUUAACCGGGAAAAAAAAUCCUUCCCCCAAUCUCCGACUCAUGAAGAUUUGGAGAGUUUACCGGAACUUCCUGAUGGGACUGCACCCCUUGAUAACAGUAAUCUAGAAAAACACAUGAAGGAAGACCGCCGAGCAAAGCGAGCCAAUAAUGAUCUGUUCCUGGAUCGCCGGUACUGUUCGUCUGACGAAUCUGAUGACGAAGUCGUGGAAGAGGAUUGGGUGCGAGAUAUUCCGCUAUGGCAGAGCCGACUAGGAACUGCCUUAGUUGAGUACAUCGACAACGCUUAUCGUCAAUUGAGACAAGAAGAAAUUCCUAGACGCCCUGGAAGAAAACCAGGGAAACGCAAGACAUCUCAAACCGCGCCAGUUGUCUUCCUAGUGAUUGCUAUGAUUCCAGAUGGGUUGCUAGUCUCAACACUAAAGAACGCAAGGCCCUCAAAAUGA